AUGUCUUGUUGUAAGGGUCCUGGAUAUGCAUCUCCUUUAGACGCGUUUAGAAAUGGUCCAAGAGAAAAACUUUUGUACGUUGUUUGUGUACAGCCUAAUCUUACUAAACAAGAUUACUUAGCUACUGUUGAUGUUGAUCCUGACUCUCCUACAUACAAACAGGUAAUUCAUCGCACUUACACGGGGAGUUUGGGUGAUGAACUUCAUCACUGUGGCUGGAAUGUGUGUUCCAGCUGCUAUGAUAACCCAGAUCUAAGCAGGAACCUUCUUUUACUACCCGGUUUACAUUCAUGCAAUAUUUUUGUUAUUGAUGUUGGCAGUAAUCCUAGGAAACCUGAGUUGCACAAGAUAAUUGGCGGUUCGGAAAUAAAAUCAUUCAACUGUACUUUUCCUCAUACCACGCAUUGCCUAGCAAGCGGCGAUAUAAUGAUUUCGACUAUGGGAGAUAAAAACGAAAACGCAAAGGGAGAUUUUGUGCUUGUUGAUUCAAAAACUUUAAAAGUCAAAGGAACGUGGACUGCAGGCAACAAAUUAGCUAAAUUUGGAUAUGAUUUCUGGUACCAACCGUAUUACGAUGUUAUGAUUGCAUCAGGAUGGGGCAGCCCUAAACAUUUUAAAACAGGCUUACACCCUGAAGACAUUCCUAAUAAAGAGAGAUAUGGAACUUCACUCAAUGUUUAUAGAUGGUCUACACAUGAACUGAUUCAAGUUAUUGACUUAGGUAAAGAAGGGUGUGCACCGCUCGAGAUUAGGUUCCUCCAUGAUCCUAAAUCCUCGCAGGGAUUUGUUGCAUGUGCCGUAGAGGCGAACGUAUUCAGGUUUUAUAAAGAUUUGGAUGGAACAUGGAAAGCCCACAAAGUAAUUGAUAUACCGGCUAAAGUAGUUCAGAAGGAUGGUGUGAACACACAACUUAAUGGUUUAUUAAAGGAUAUUCUCCUGUCUUUGGAUGAUAAAUAUCUGUACCUGUCAUGCUGGUUACAUGGUGAUGUAAGGCAAUAUGAUAUAUCAGAUCCAGAACACCCUAAACUAACUGGCCGUGUUUGUUUCGGAGGAAAAACAGUUAAUGAUAACUUAAUAGUUAUUGAAGAUAAGGAGUUUAAGGAAUUGAUGAAGCCAGUAAUCAUUAAGAAUAAACAAUUGUGGGGAGCGCCACAAAUGAUUCAACUCUCUUUAGACGGUGAACGUCUAUACGUAUCAUCAUCUCUAUACUCUCCGUGGGAUAAACAAAUUUAUCCAAAAUCUAUUGAACGAGGCGGAUGGGUAGUUAAGCUGGACGUAGAUACAGAAAACGGAGGGUUAAAACUGGAUCCCGAUUUUCUGAUAGAUUUUGGAAUUGAGCCAAACGGACCAGUACUGCCACAUGAAAUGAGAUAUCCUGGAGGAGACUGUACGUCAGAUAUAUGGCUAGCUGAAAACUAA